AUGCGGCAGAGGAAGAAGAAAAUGACCUUCAUGAAUGUAUUCUUCCAUGAAAAUGACAUUCAAGAAUAUGUUCUUUUAUUCUUCCAUGGAACAUCUGCUCCAAACCCAUCUUCUUCUUCUUUUCAAUUUGAAGUGGGGCUUCUCUCUUGGUUGGAUGGCCACCCACUCAUUACUGCUCUCGUCGAGAGAUGGCGCACAGAGACUCAUACAUUUCAUUUCCCGACCGGUGAGGCCACCGUCACAUUGCAGGACGUAUCUGUCCUAUACGGUCUACGGAUUGAUGGGCGAGCAGUUACUGGACUUGACCCAUCAUUGACGACGGAGCAGUGGAUAGCGCUAUGUGCUGAGCUAUUGGGAGUAGCACCUACACCUGCAGACUUACAGGCAGGUAGAGUGAGGGUGAGGUGGCUGUCGGAGCAUUUUCAGGGCGAUUUUCCAGAUGAUGCUGCAGAUGAGUUAGUACAGCAGCAUGCGCGAGCAUAUAUUCUGUGGCUUAUUGGGGGGGUACUUCUCCUUGAUAAGUCACAGAACCUGCUCAAGUUGAUGUAUUUGCCACUGUUGAGAGACAUUGACGUCAUCGGCCAGUACAGCUGGGGCGCCGCGGCUUUGGCAUGCUUGUAUAGGAUGUUAUGUCGAGCCACUCAGGUGGGUGUGACUCAGAUCGGAGGACCCCUUGUCUUGCUACAGAUUUGGGCGUGGGAGAGAUUGAUUUGCAUUGCCCCGUCUAGGCGGCAACUAGUUGCUCCUGGUGAGGUUCCCAUCGGGCAGGGAGACAUGCAGAUGCCGGCCGGACCUCGAGGUAGCCGGUGGAGGGUUGACAUGAGCCACGAGGUCGUAUCGACCCACGUAGUGGUCGUGUAUAGAGACCAGCUUGACCGGAUGAUAGACGGCGAGUUUAUCUGGCAGCCUUAUGCUGAUGUCCUCCAGACGCUCCCAGACUACUGCCGCCUAGGUGAGGAUAUAUGGAUGGCGAGAGUACCACUCAUUUGUUUUGACGUGGUUGAGUGGCAUCUCCCUGAUCGUGUCCUCCGACAGUUUGGUCGGGUCCAGGCCGUGCCGGAUCGGUGUGACACCGAGUGGCGGUUGCAUGCGACGGAUAGACGUGGCCGAGCCAGCACUGACUGGAGUCAGCAUCAUAUGCGAUACAUACAGUUGUGGGAUGCCCGUCGCGACACUAUUGUACAGGCUGACUGGAGCGAUGGGGUCCUCCCCUCUCCCGACCCUUACAUGUUGUGGUAUCGGCGACAUACACACCUACUUGUCGGUAAUCCGAGCCACCUGUCCGAGGCCGGAUAUCAGGGAGUUGGGCCUUCUCUCGAGGCAUUGGUGAGUAUCGUACUAUAUGUCCGAUAAUUGUUAAUAUCAUAAUUGAUUAUUUUCAGUCAACUAUAGCCUAAUAUAUCUGAUUUUUUUUCCAGGUGGUUCGAGUUGGGAGGUCAUAUCACUUGGCUGAGGAUGCUAUUUUCAGACGUGAUGGACAGCUUGGUCUGCAGGCCCUUGUAGAGAUCAGAGAGUUAUUGUACGAGGGGAUCCAGCAUGCCCAUCGGGUAGAUCGUCUGCAUUUUGGGGACUACGGUGUACACACUGCAGCAGCUGCUCCAGACACAUCAGUCCCGUCCACGUCAGUGCCUUCCAGUUCAGCGCCAGCCACAGCAGGUCCUUCGACUUCAGUCACCCCACCACAUGAUACCCCAUACAUUUCUCCAUAUUCCCCACACGUACAUCUUACCCAGCAUGCUGACCCUGACCCUGAUUGGUCACCGCCCCGCUUCAUACAUGAUGUUAUUACCCCACCCACCCAGUUACAGCCUACUUUUCUGGGGAGUACUUCGACCGCGCCCCGGUUCAUGCAUGAUGUUGCUACCCCACCCACCCAGUUACCCCCUGCUUUUCUGGGGACUACUUCGACCGCGCCCAGGAGUACACAUGAUGCAGUUCUCACUGACAUCUCUCAUAUUGAUGAUGAGGCCCAUAUUGAGCCCCCCCAGAGCGCGAGGGAGUGGUUAUGGUCGUGGGGGACGUCGCGGCCGAGGUCGGGGUGCGGGCAGAGGUAGAGGUCGUGGUCCAGCUGCAGAUCAUGAUACAGUUGCACCAGACGAGGGAGUGGGAGUUUCACAGCUCACAGCAGUAUCUGAUCUACAGGCAUAGGCAGGAUCAGGGGCAUCAGAUGCAGGAGAGGGGGGGCCACACUCACACUCACAGGCUCCACAGGCAGUCAGUGGAGGGCAGCAUGCAGGGGAGAGAGUGCCAGAUAUUCAGAGAGUCUACCGUAGGAGACCGAGGAGGGAGAUCCACGGUCGGGGUUGUGGGACUGGGGGCAGGUUAGGGCAUUAGCGGUUGCGAUAUGGACUAUAUAGGUUUUUUUUUUUUUUCUUUUUUUUGUUUGUAUGUGUCAAACUUGUACAGCUGAUAUAAGUGUCAUACUUAUUUAUUCGCAAUU